AUGGCGGAAGAGAAGCCAAUUAGGUUACUAAAUUUCGUCUCGGAGGAACAGUUAGAUGAAUCGAAGAAAGAAAGAGGCGAAAGAGUCGAAGAUGGAACGUUCCAGAGAGACAGGGCUCUAUUCGAGAUUCUGAAAGAGAACAAAGACAAGAAGGACGCUGAGUUUAAUGAACGAUUCAAGCACAGACCACCCAAAGCUCUGGAUGAAGAUGAGACUGAGUUUCUCGAUAGACUCGAAAUGUCAAAGAAGGAAUAUGAACGACAGUUGGCAAAUGAAGAGGAAGAACAGUUACGUAGUUUCCAGGCAGCGGUUGCAGCACGAUCAACAAUCCUUCUCGCACCAAACGAAGCAGCUCCGCCACCACCACCACCAGCUCCUACAACCAAGGAACAGAAGCCAACCGGGAAGAGAAACGCUGCGACUCGUCCGUUUAGUGCCAUCAUAAAAGUCAAGCCACAACUGAAGAAAGUGAAAGUUAAAGCGACAGAGGAAGAAACCACGGCCAAGGCGAUUGUCACAGUUAAAGCUCCUGAAGUUCUUUCAAGAGGUUUAGCCUUAGUCUCAUAUAGUGAUGAAAGUGAAGAUGAUGAUUAA